GUGUAUAAAACCGUAAGCACGAUUAAUCAAUAUCGGAAGAGACCCCCACGAUUUCAUUGUGGACUGGUAGCGAUUUUAUCAUCGGUAUACAUUUCUUUUAUUUUCCACGGUUCUUAUUAUCAGGCCGUUGUUAUAUAGCUCAAAUGUAAAGCACACGCACAUAUAUACACACAACGAGAUCGCGGAGUAGUUGUGCAAGCGCGACGAUGACGCAUGCACAUACGAAGUAUCGAAGAUGAAGUGCUCGGCUCGGCAAAUAUAUUCGACUAUUACAUAGAGGCCUCUCUCUCGCUCUUUCUCUCUCUCUCUCUCUCUCUCUUGUUCGCGUGUAUAUAAACACACACGCACUCGCGAUAAAAGCCCCAGCACCGGCAGACGCGCCGAGAGAGAAAUUUUGGGCUCGGAGCGACGAAAAAAUAAAAAAAGGAGAUGCGUCCGGCUCUGGUGUUUUUGGCUGUUUGCUUGAGCUGCCUGGCGGACCCGACUCUCCUGGUAGCCGCUACGAAACAUGGCGCGAAACUCAAUAGCCGGCCUGUGAUUGGGAUUCUGACGCAGGAAAUAUCAUAUCAGUUGAAGGAGCUCUAUCCAGGACCUUACAACGCUUACUUGGCAGCUUCUUAUGUGAAAUUUAUCGAGGGCGCGGGAGCCAGGGUGGCACCGAUUUGGCUUGGACAAACCGAGGCUUACUACGAAGACAUUUUGGGCAAAGUGAAUGGGGUUUUACUUCCGGGUGGCGCCGCAUGGUUCAACGUAACUAAUGGCUAUGCCGAAUCAGCUGAAAAAAUUUACAAUAUCGCGACGAGGCUGAACACGAACGGGGAUUAUUUUCCUAUCUGGGGCACAUGCUUAGGUUUCGAAGUUCUUCUCUACAUAGCGAGCAAUCGCAAGGAUUACCGAUUCGAUUGCUCGAGCAAAAAUCGAGCCGUCCCGUUGGAGCUGACGAAUGACUACCGCAAGAGCCGUCUGUUCCGCAAUGCAUCGGAAAAUCUCGUCAACGUUCUCGAGACGGAAAACGUUACCUGGAAUUAUCACAGAUUCUGCUUCAACAAACAGUCGCUGCGCGAGGCGCAAAUUUCCGAAGAUUAUCGAGUAAUGUCCUACAAUCGCGACGAGAGCAACAAGAAGUUCAUAUCGACGCUGGAGCACGUGACCCAUCCGUUUUACGGCGUGCAAUUUCACCCGGAAAAGAACGCCUACGAGUGGAGACCGGGCAAGAACGUGCCUCACACUCAAAACGCCAUACAAGUAUCCCAGUAUUUCGCCAAUUUCUUCGUCAACGAAGCUCGUAAGAAUCAGCAUAGCUUCCACAACAAGAGCGAAGAAAAUGCCGCUCUGAUUUACAAUUAUCCGGCGACUUUUACCGGACAGAAAGGAGCAUCGUACGAUGUUUGCUAUUUAUUCGAGAAGCGCUAAAAAAAACAUGUCAAAAAGUACGUGAUUAUGUGCGAGGAAAAAUAAAGCCGGCAGAAUAAAUACACUAUUUUGAAUCCGUCA